AUAAAAAUAGCAGAGUGUCACUGUGCUUGGGUCACUCCAGCUCUGUUUGGCUCCGAUACUUCUUGAUUUUACAACAGACCUAUUAGGAACUUCAUAAGUAAAAAAAAAAAAGGUCUGCUUCAAUUUCUUGUAGGAUUAUUAUGGCUGAGUCGAGUUUCCCUUUACCCCCAGAAGCCAUCUGCCCUCUUUGUGUGGAUCCACAGACAGACCCGGUCACCAUCCCAUGUGGGGACACUUACUGCUUGGAGUGUAUCAAGAUCUACUGGGAUCAGUUUGACCAUAUGGGGGUUUACAGCUGCCCUCAAUGCAGAGCAACCUUCACACCGAGGCCCGUGCUGCGACGCAAUCUACCGGAUGUCUAUCACGAGCCCCGCCGCCAACUUCCAGAGCUCACGCCUUUCCCCUACAUGCAUCGGGAGUCCUUCUGUGAUUUCUGCGUGGGUCGGCGCAACAAGGCGGUCAAAUCCUGCCUCAUGUGCCUGGCUUACUACUGUGAAACCCACGUCAAACCACAUUACGAGUCAUCCACCUUCAAGCGUCACAAGCUGGUGGACGAAACUGGCCACCUGGACAGGAAGAUCUGCCCACAGCACGAGAAGGGCCUGGAGCUGUUCUGCCGCUCAGACCAGAUGUGCAUAUGUGUAUUGUGCACUGUUCGAGAGCACCGCAGCCACAAUAUCACCUCUGCGGAGGAGGAGCGCAUCGACAAACAGAAAGUCCUGGUGGGGACGCAGUCUGAGGUCCAGCACAUAAUUCAGGAGAGGACGAAAGAGCUGCAGGAGCUCAAGCAUAAUGUUGAUGUUCUCAAAAGCUGCGCCCAGCGGGCCCAAGCCGAGAGUGAUAAGACGUUCCACGAGAUGCUACAGGCGGUGGAGCGCUGGAAGGCUGAAAUCCAUCAGAUGAUAACAGCCAAUAUGCAAGCAGCCAUGUCCCAAGCUGACAGCUACGUGGAGCGUCUGGAACAGGAGAUACUCGAGCUGCAGAGAAGAGAUGCGGAGCUGAGGCAGAUUCUUGAAACAGAAGACAACAUUCACUUUCUGCAGAAUUUCCCAACCCUGUGCGUUGCUCCGGAAGCCAUGGUGCCCAAAGUCCUCAUCAACCCUCAGUUCUCCUUCAGUGAGAUGAGUAAAACGGCCUUAGAAAUGAAGGAACAUAUCGAUGAUAUCUGUAAAAAGGAACUCAGUCAAAUCUCCAAGACAGUGAGCGAAACGCCUGUGUACAUCCUUUUGCCAAGAAAUGGUGACAAACGCCUCAAAGUUCCGAACAGAGUCGACUUUCAGGAGCCAAAAUCAAGAUCCGACUUCUUAAGAUACUCCUGUAAGAUGUCCUUUGAUGCAAAUACGGCCUAUAAGGAGCUGGUCCUGUCAGAUGGGAACCAGAGGGUCACCAGGAAGAAAACAAUCCAGUUUUAUCCUGAUCAUCCGGAACGUUUCGACGGCUUCUCCCAAGUGCUGUGCAAGGAGCCACUUACUGGUUUCAGAUUUUACUGGGAGGUUGAGUGGAGCGGUGAGUUUUCCCUCGGAGUGGCCUAUAAAAGCAUCAGUCGCAAGGGGAAAAACUCACACAGUCUGCUGGGCUACAACAGCAAGUCUUGGAGUCUGCUCUGCUCUGACUCUGGAUAUUCCGCUUGGCACAAUAAAGCAGACCGUGACCUUGCGAAUGCUCCCCGUGCAUCACGAAUUGGCGUGUACCUGGACUAUUCUGGUAACACGGUGGCGUUUUACUCCGUCUCAGAAACGAUGGAGCUCAUCCAUAGAUUCAAAGCUCAGUUCAGUGAACCUUUGUAUGCAGGCUUUGGUGUGGGGUCCUCAGUUACUCUUUGUCAACUCAAACAGAGUCCUACACCUUACUAAGAUAUCGUUUGUUUUAUAGAGUGAAGUCCAUGUUGUAUUAUUUUUUAUAAUUAUAAAUAUGCAGGGGUUUUAUUGUGAUAGUGUAGUAAAAAAAAUCUGAGGGGAGUGUUUUUUUAAGAUGUGAAUAUCUUCGUUUUUUGCAAUUAUUGCCUUCUUCAAUGUUGAUUUCGAACAAGUGAGUGAAAUGAUCCCUAAUUCAAAUAAACAAGUAUGUCAUGGAUCUGUUUGUGACCAACAGGUGAAACUGUAAGGCUCUUCUUGCAGCGGCACACCUGUUGGCCGUGAUGUGAUUAGUAGGUUCUCUGUUAAAAGGACUCCCGGCCCGACCACUCGGUGUCGGGUCAUUGUUGCUGUCACUGUUUUCUGUUGUUGCUUCUGUGUGUUACUGCCAUGGAUUUUUGUUUGUAUUGCUUUCACUUUAUUUUUGUGUCUGCCAUGUUACAUUGUAUUCAUGUUGUUUCAGGACUUUGUUUUGGAUUUAGUUUUCUUACUGUUUGACGAAUACAUGUUGUCAAGUU